CGGAUUAAAGUGCAUAAUUAUUUGUCUUCAUACCCUGGAAUAAAGUUCAUUGAUUAUUUAAUGAUACUGAAAUGUUUAAAUGAGUAUAUUUUCUGUUUUGUUCAAUUGUCCUGCAUAAGUAAUAAUAUAAUGUCAACCAGAACUGAUAUACUCUAUGAAAAGAUUGUUGAAUGCAUUAAAAAGCCAAUAGCUGAGCGGUCAAUAGAGGAAAUUGAAGAGAUCUAUCAAUGGUUCAUUGAAAAAGUGGAUUUUUUUUCAAAUCUUCAACCUGAUGUUGUCAAAGAUAUCAUCAAAAAUUGUGAAUUCUCUGAACGUGAAGCUGAUGAUAUAAUUAUACGUCAGUCUGAAGAAGGCGAAUGUUUCUACAUAAUUCUAACUGGUCAAGUAUCAGUUUAUGUGAAUACAGAAUCUACGCAUGAUGACCAAGAGGUGAUUCAUCAACAAAAUGAUUCAAUGCUCGGAUCCAAAUAUUCUAUGGAGCGUAAAGUGAUCAAUCGAGAGAAAUGUGGAAAUUUUAUUACAAGUUUAGGGCAUGGCGCCAGUUUCGGAGAGUUGGCUUUAAUCAAUAAAGAUUGUAUAAGAAAUGCGUCUGUCAUCGCAGACUGUACAACACACUUGGUUGUGAUCAAUAGAAUGACAUAUAAUCGUUCAUUGAAAGAGGUACAUGAAGCUGGAUAUAAAAAACGUGUUGAAUUUGUUACCAAAUGUCCAAUCUUCAGUGGGUGGGUCCCAAGUUUGAAAAAACAAGCAGCAAUGUCUUUAGUUCAAAUGGAAUUUCAAUUUGAAGCAGAUCUUGUUCGUCAGGAAGAACCUGUAAAUGGUUUACUGUUCAUAUUAACGGGUCAAGCUCAAACCUUCGUAGACGUUCUUAAACAUCCAAAACAAUAUCCACAUUUGAAACUCGCCCCCCAUCCUUCCAUCUCAAUAAACACGGAUCCUCACAAGUCAAUACACACAGAAAAUUCUAAUUACCCAAUUCGGCGAAUGGGGUAUGUUAUCAAUGAACAUCGUAAUGCUCUUCGGAAGGUUGGGCUUUCCAUUAUAGGACCUGGUACAAUACUUGGUGAAUUUGAAUAUGGCUUCGAAUUAAAAACCUAUAUGCAAACAGCUAUUUGUAUAGAACCUGUAUCAGCUUAUGUAUUAAGCAGUAGAAAUUUAGAACGUCUUAUUCAAAGCCGCCGUAAUCCAGACGGUUUGAAACAGAUUAGAGAAAUAGCUAAAAGAAAUCUAAUGCAUCGCAUUCAUCGACCAAUGGAUUCAAAAAUUCCUUUAUUCAACUAUUUGGUACAACAAAUUAUAGAGAAUAACCUACAGUUGGAAGAAGAACAACGUGAAAAGAUUCUGUUGAAUCGCAAUAAAGUGGAGUCGAAACGAAUAAGAGGUCUUCUUGGACGUGGUCUAACCAACCAGAAAAAGGAACGAAUGAGGGAAAAGGUUAAACCUAAUCUACACCAAUUUUAUGGUGGACGAUAAAAACGUGUAUUAGAAAGUGUGAAAUGACAAGUUAUCUACAUACAAAACUUCUCACAUCAUUACGCUGUUUCUUUUCAUAUCAACCUCUAUUUCUUUGCUACUUAAUAAUUAAUGUUUGUAAUAAAAUCUAUGAUUUGAUUUCACUGUUUCCCUUAUAAUCCUUUCCAAUUGUAUUUCUAUCCCUUUUGUGCUAAAUUGAAUAGUUGAUAUUGUUUUAAUGAAGAAUACUUUUUACUCAAACUCUGAAUAUUAAUUAUACACUGUUCACUUGUAUUUGGAACAUUCUUUUACAUUGAAUAUAGUUAGUUGCCUUUUAACAAUAAUAUGGCAAACAGCUGAAGUACC